UGAUGAGCUCAGUUGAACUUCAAUCGUUAAGCCGUUUCCCUAUUUAGCGUGCGUCUCGCCUACACACACAUACACACACACACGCACACAUACAUUUUGUAUGUGUUGUAUUUACAUCGAAAAGCGAUAAGCAUAAACACUAGAAAUGUUGCGGUGCGGUGCCCUGUUGACCUUCAUUGCCUAUAGCCUGCUGUUUGCCACUGGGCAUUGUGACAAACUCUGGUCCGAUAUACGCAGUCCACAAAAUCAGGCCGAGCUUCAGCAAUUCUAUGCUGAGACAGACGCAGCGCAAUCAUCGACACCGUGGCCCACCUUGAUAUCGAGGCCGUCUGGGGGAGGUCCGUUUGCGCAAGCAGUGCAAUCUGCGGGUGGAGGACUAUUCUCGCAUAGAGUGUCACCUGGAGGCGGGCCUUUCGCGCAAGCAGCGCCAUCUUCAGGCGGAGGUCCAUUUGCGCAAGCAGCGCCAUCUGCUGGCGGAGGUUCACUUGCGCAAGCGACGCCAUCUGCUGGCGGAGGUCCAUUUGCGCAAGCGGCGCCAUCUGCUGGCGGAGGUUCAUUUGUGCAAGCGGCGCCAUCUGCUGGAGGAGGGCAAUACAGCGCACCAUCGCAAUCAUAUCCACCCCUGCCCGUAGCAGCGCCAUCUAUGGCCGCAAUUCCAUCCCCUCCUCAACUCGUAUCGCCUGGCCUUGUCGCUAGCCUUCCGCCUCCUCGCCGCGCGCCUACAGCUGCCCUUGGGGGAGCAGCAUCAGGUGAUAAUGUGGAUGUUGUUGCCUCCGAUCAGAUAGCACGCAAUCUGCUCAGCUUUGCGCAGAAUCUAUCGCAGCAAAUUGGCAUCAACUACCACAAGACAACGAUCUUCUCACCGCUAAGCAUCGCAUCCGCAUUGGCGUUAAUUCUACUGGGCGCCAAGGGGCGCAGUUACUCCGAGUUAAGCCAACUCUUUGGUCAAAGCGAUGUGGUGCAAUUUCAUCAGCAGUUUGGCCUAAUGAUGCGCGAUAUCCAACAGCCCACCAAGGCAACAACUUCCCCAGUGCGUCAACUGGACAAUUGGCACAGCGAUAGUGUGCGCAAAAGCUUGAGAAAUUAUCCUCGCAAUCGCAGCGCCCUGAUGGAGGUACACAUUGCCAACGGUUUGUUCUUGCAGCGUGGCUACAGUCUCAAUCCCGACUACAGACAAGCUAUCACUCAGGUUUACAAUUCGGAGCUGCAGGAAGUGGACUUUGAGCGGCAGCCGGCGUCGGCCAAGUAUGCCGUCAACACGUUUGUGGACCAACAUACAAGGGGUAAAAUUCCAUUUAUCCUCACCGAGGAUUUACCGGAGAGCACACGCAUCAUUCUGGCCAAUGCGCUUUACUUCAAGGCCAUGUGGGAGAUUGACUUUGUGCAGGGCGCCACCAAGGUGGAUAACUUCUAUCCCCAUGGCGAGGGCAAUCAACCGGUCCUGCCCGUGGAGAUGAUGGUUAGCGCAGGCGCUUUUCCAUACCACGAGGAUCCUCAGCUCAGUUGCCGCAUUGUCGGUUUGCCGUAUCAUGGCAAUCUGACCACCAUGUACAUCAUUCAGCCGUUGCGUUCGUCGGUGGAGCAGCUGGCUGCACUUCAGCAGCGUUUGACAGCGGAUGCCAUUGAGCAGAUGAUCAGUCAAAUGACCAGACGUUCGACUAUCUUGGCGUUCCCCAAGAUGCAUCUGACCGAAGCCUUUAAACUGAGUCCCAUACUCCAGGCAAUGGGCAUCAAUGGCAUCUUUAGUCCAUUGCAAAGUGAUUUAUCGCUGAUUGCCUCGCCGGGUUCGAGAUCAGCAAGGACCGAGGAUCGCACGCAGUCCUCCGCCAAUGGCUUGGCCAGCUUAUACAAUCUGGAAGCACAGCGUCAGGCUGCCCAUGCUCAAGCGCAAUCGCAGCCAACGCCGCCCUCUGAUCUCAUUGUGUCGGACGUUCUGCACAAAGUAGACUUUGUGGUCAAUGAGCAGGGAACUGAGGCAGCGGCCGCUUCGGUUGCGAUUUUGAAAAAGAGUGGACCGGAAAUCGUGUUUCGCGCGGAAACGCCAUUCAUCAUCUUGGUGCGUCACGAUCUGACAAAGGUGCCAUUGUUCUAUGGCAUUAUUAAUGAGCCGCCCACAGCCAGAGGAGCGACUAGUGCUGUAUAAGCUAACUGGUUUGCUAUUAUUGUAUAAUUGUUAAUAAAUUAAGUUGUAAUUAAAGUUUAUAAGUACUGUAAAUACAUUAAA